AUGGAAGACCUAAAGAAGAAUCUGAAGAAGAAGUCUGAUGGAGUCUCUAUCUCUGAAGAAGAACUUGAUCGCAUUCGGCAUAAGUACAACAUGCCGAUCUCUGCAAUCGAAGACGGUGGUUACCCGCAGUAUGCACAAUAUGAAGAUCAUCCACAAGAAGAUCCUCGUCACAAGAUUGAAGAUGAUUUUGAAGAGCCGCCAGAUCAAGAAUCAGAUCCUGUUGAGUUCGACAAAUAUGUCUCUGCAAAAGUAUCGUUUAAUGCAGAUGGAGUUGAGACUUUCGGAGUUGUUCAAGGUCGGAAGCGUGACUCAUCUGGAAAAUUGAUUGGUCACUACCAUGAGAAUCCACACCUUGACACAUCUAUCUAUCAAGUGGAGUUCGAGGAUGGAAAGGUGGAAAGCUUCUAUGCAAAUCAGAUUAUUGAAGGGAUAAUGAUGAAUGUCGAUGAUGAAGGUAAUACGAUGUACCGGAUUCGCAAAAUUAUUGAUCAUCAACGUGAUGGACGAGCAGUUAGAGGGGACGAUGGAUGGUAUACUACCUCUAGCAGUCUCAAGCGUCCACGAAAGACAACUAAAGGAUGGAAACUAUUAGCUGAAAUGAAAGGUGGAGAAACUGAAUGGCUUGAUCUAUCAGUAGCAAAAGAAGCGUUUCCUAUCGAGGUCGCUGAAUAUGCUGUUGCAAACAAGCUUGUGUCAGAGCCUGCCUUUGCGUGUGAGGUGCCUGGUCCUGGGCCGAAAGGGGUUGCACGUGCGUAUGAACUUGAUGCUGAGAAUGGUACCACACAUUGGAGUGAUGCCUUGAUCAAAGAAGUGAAAACAAUCCUACCAGCUUUGAAGAUUCUGGAAGAAGAUGAAGAUGUUCCCGUUGGGUACCAGCUCAUUGAGCUUAUGACUGUUUUCGAUGUCAAGAUGGAUCUCACGCCGAAGGCACAAAUAUGUGCUAGAGGGGACCAAACGGACCCUCCAAUGUCUGUCACCUAUGCAAGUGUUGUGACAAGGGAAAGUAUUCAACUUGCUUUUGUUAUUGCUGCUUUGAAUGGUUUGAAUGUCUUGAGUGCUGACGUCUCCGGUGCAUAUCUGAAUGCCAAAUGUGCCGAGAAAGUUUAUUGUAUUUUAGGGAAGGAGUUUGGAGAGUAUGCCGAGAAGAAAGCUAUCCUGGUUAAGGCCGUUUACGGACUCAAAAGUUUGGGAUUUGCAUGGAGGAGCCUCUGUGCAGACGUUUUGAAGGAACAAUUGGAGUUCCAACCAUGUCGUGGAGAUAUGGAUGUUUGGCGUCGUCCCUGUCAACGCAAAGAUGGUUCGAAAUAUUAUGAGUAUAUUUUGCCUGACUCGAUAAAAGAGCCAACCACAUAUCUUGGUGCAACAAUCUCGAAGCACUAA